AUUUUACAGUACUUUUAAUACUACUACUCAGAUUAUGUUGCGGUUCUAGAUUUUCACAAUAUAAAGUCAGUCUUCAAUCUUUGUUCGUUAGGACUUAGGAGUUAGGACUAUCACUGAUCUAUCACACCGCUCCACUGGGUUCGGUGUACCAUGAAUGUGACCAAAAUCCAUCUAAACUUCCGACAAACACAAGUUUAUAUCCUAAUUUCUUCUUCUUAACUCAAAUCCCUUAAACAAAAAAGAAUCUUUUAAUCAGCAACGUAUUCUAGUCCAAGUUCCAACACGUUAGCAUCCCUUUUUUUGGCCUAUCUCUCUUUAUCAAACGCCUCUGUCAUUGUUCUGUUUGUUCUUCUUCUUUGCUGCUGUCUUGAUUGAACCCACUUGAAUAAGCUGGAAACUUUGGAAAGUCGGAAUCCCUCUUUUUUUUUUUGUGUUCCCGGUUCUUUUUUUUUUUGGGGACCAUUUUUUUUUUCUUUUACUUCAUCAAUUUUCUAGCAGGCUCUGGAAACUUUCAGAAUCAGAAGAACCCAUCUAGCUGAAAGAUAUUUGCGUCAAUGGCUCAUGAGAAUGGUGCAAUUGCUGAUUCGCCAAGGAGGCGACAAGGUCUAUUAAGAGAUCAAGUUCAGUUGGUUAAAAGAAAGGAUUCUGAUCGCUAUGAGAUUGCCCCCAUCCAAGAUAAUCUCUCAUUUGAGAAGGGCUUCUUUAUAGUCAUCCGUGCCUGCCAGUUAUUGGCUCAGCAUAAUGAUGGCAUCAUACUAGUUGGGGUUGCAGGACCCUCUGGAGCAGGGAAAACUGUUUUCACUGAGAAAAUCCUAAAUUUUAUGCCUAGUAUUGCUGUCAUAAGCAUGGAUAACUACAAUGACUCCAGUCGUAUUGUCGACGGAAAUUUUGAUGAUCCACGCUUGACUGACUAUGAUACGCUGCUUGAGAACAUCAAAGGCUUGAAAGCAGGAACAGCUGUUCAAGUUCCCAUUUAUGAUUUUAAAUCUAGCUCUCGCAUAGGUUACAAGACAGUUGAAGUCCCAAGCUCACGCAUCGUUAUAAUCGAAGGAAUAUAUGCCUUGAGUGAAAAGCUACGUCCUUUCCUGGAUCUCCGUGUUUCUGUCACUGGUGGAGUGCACUUUGAUCUUGUAAAACGUGUCCUGAGGGAUAUUCAGCGUGCCGGACAGGAACCUGAAGAAAUUAUUCAUCAAAUUUCAGAAACUGUAUACCCGAUGUACAAAGCAUUUAUUGAGCCUGAUCUACAGACAGCACAUAUAAAAAUCACCAAUAAUUUCAACCCAUUCUCUGGAUUUCAAAAUCCCACAUAUGUUUUGAAGUCAACCAGGACUGUUACUGCGGAUCAGAUCAAGGCUGUUCUUCCCGAGGAUCAUAAAGAAACCAUGGAGGAAACUUAUGACAUUUAUCUUUUGCCACCUGGUGAAGAUCCUGAAGCAUGCCAAUCUUAUCUGAGGAUGAGAAAUAGGGAUGGCAAAUACAGUCUCAUGUUUGAGGAAUGGGUAACUGACAGUCCUUUCAUCAUUUCACCAAGAAUUACUUUCGAAGUUAGUGUACGACUGCUGGGUGGGUUAAUGGCCUUGGGAUACACAAUUGCAUCCAUCCUGAAAAGAAGCAGCCAUGUCUUUUCUGAUGACAGAGUCUCCGUGAAAAUUGAUUGGUUGGAGCAACUAAAUCGCCAUUAUGUUCAGAUCCAAGGAAGAGAUCGCUUAUACGUCAAAUACAUUGGUGACCAACUCGGAUUGGAUGGUUCAUACGUUCCUCGCACGUAUAUCGAACAAAUUCAACUGGAGAAGCUUGUGAAUGAUGUAAUGACAUUGCCAGCAGACCUAAAAACAAAGCUGAGUAUUGAUGAUGAGAUUGCCUCAAGCCCAAAAGAAGCUCUGUCCAGAGCCUCGGCGGAUAGGCGGAUGAAGUUUCUUAAUAGAGGGGUCCCGCAUUCAUAUGCGUCAUUGCGUGAUAAGAACCUGUCCAAGCUAACAAAACUAGCUGUUAACAAUCGGAGAUAUGAUGGAAGAACUCCAGAUUCACCUGCACCACUUGCUAAUCAGGGAAUGAUCAAUCAGCUAUCAGAACAGAUAUCCACAUUGAAUGAAAGAAUGGAUGAGUUCACGUCUCGAAUUGAAGAACUAAACUCAAAAAUAUUCACCAGGAAAGUCUCUUCCAGUCAACAGAAUCUGGCUAUGCAGGGUGAUGCUUACAAUGGCAUUGCACCUACAACAAUGUUUGUCACAGGCUUAAGCAAUGGUACAUUGACUGGAGCUGUAUUACCUAAUUCCUCGUCAUCUUCUCAACUGGCAAGGGAUUCUUUGCUGGAAGAGGUACUCUUAAUUUCAAGGGGUCAGCGACAAGUCAUGCAUCAGAUAGACAAUCUCAGUAAUAUUUUGCGAGAUUAUUUUGGGGAGAAGGCACGUCAAGGGAGGGAAAAUAGCGCCGCUAGAACAACAUAUCUUGAAUCUCUUAGUACUCCACUACUUCUUAGUUUAGUCGUUGGAGGAAUGGGUGUUUUCCUGUUCAAGACGUUAUCAUCUCAUCAACACUGA